GCGUCAAUGUUUAUACCACACUGCUUGCCAGUGUAUGUAACCGCACCAAGGACUCCGCAAUGUGAUUUCCCUCAAAUUGAUUUUUAUUUUCGUGUGUUUUCUCCCGCUGUCUCCGCCACAUUAUGCGCCAGCUCCUGACAUGGGGAACCACUAGCAGGUGAAACACGGAGGAAACGGAGGAAAAAGCCGGAAUGGCGGGCGCCUUCGGCUUCAAAGGCUGCCAGAAAAUUCGAGGUCCGCAGAUUAGGAGCCUGCUCGAGGCGAAGGACUUCUUCCUCUUCGACUGCGACGGGGUCAUAUGGCACGGGGAGAAGGCGAUAACCGGCGCGGCGAAGGUGGUGAACGCGCUGAUCCGUCAGGGCAAAAACGUGGUGUUCGUCACCAACAACAGCACCAGGCCGCGCGAGAAUUACGUGCACAAGUUCUACCGACUGGGCUUCACCGACGUGAUGCUGGAGCAGAUCUUCAGCUCGUCCUACUGCUCGGCUCUCUACCUGAGGGACGUGGUCAAGGUCUGCGGCCAGGUGUUCGUCAUCGGCUGCCCGGGGCUGCGCACGGAGCUGCAGGAGGCGGGCAUCCAGUGCGUGGAGGAGGCGGACGACCCGGACGCCACCAUCUACGACUGCGCCCUGGCUGCAGACGUGAAGGCGGUGCUGGUGGGACACGACGAUAAACUGACUUUUCUCAAACUGGCCAAAGCCUCGUGCUACCUGAGGGACCCGGACUGCUUGUUCCUGGCUACGGACACCGACCCCUGGCACCCACUGUCCAGCGGAAGGAUACUGCCAGGUUCUGGGUCCCUCAUCGCAGCCCUGGAGGUGGCCUCAGGCCGCAAAGCCACCGUGAUCGGCAAACCCAGCCGCUUCAUGUUCGAGUGCAUCUCCAGCCAGUUCAUGGGGGUGGAUCCCGCCCAGUGCCUGAUGGUCGGAGACCGCCUGGAGACAGACAUGCUGUUCGGGUCCAACUGCGGCCUCGACACCAUGCUCACCCUCACCGGCGUGUCUCAGAUCGAGGAGGCGCAGGAGUACAGGAAUAGUGACCUGACCACCAACCAGAGCCUGGUGCCCGACUACGUGGUCGACACCAUCGCUGAUUUCUUACCGGCUUUUGAGGAACUGGACGAACAGAGCAACUGACGAGUCCCCCCCCCCCACGUCUCCGGGGUUGCUACUGCUACAUUUCAAGUGCAAAAUUUGAAAUGUGGCAUUUGCAAGAAAAAUAAAAUUCCAUAAUUAUGAGAUGUUCCUAAAUAACGAGGCGCUGUUCAUGUUGUGACCACGCAGGAAGAAUCUUCUCCUGCCAAAGUAAUCAAGAGUAAUCCAAUGCAUACCUCAUUGUUUCUGCUAGUAUUGUGCCCAUUUGUGACCUGACAGUUCCUUGUUGCUCUAAGUGUUUAUAUUAACAUAUGAAUAUACUGCACUUUGUUGUCCAUAGAUGGUGAUUGAUAUCGGGAUUUGAACAUCCAGGGGUAUUUUUGUAAGGCCAUGAAUUGUUCUGAAUUCAUGUGUUUAGGAGCUUUGUUUAAUUUUUUUUUUUUUUUUGCUAAAAGGCAGAUGUGUAUUUAACUGACGCAGAUCCAUUUUCUCCCCAGUGUCACUUCUCCUAGAGGAGAACAUGAACCCUGACAAGGUGUGAGCUUAUUCUCAGCCCAGGCAGAGGCAGCCUUCUCCUGUCACGUCUGUGCUACUUCGUGCCAAUAUUCAUCGGAGUGACCAACGGCUUAUACUGAAACUAACUGUUAGAAACCCAGUGACACAUUAAUGGUGGCCACUCAUACUGCACUGUUGUGAUAUUUCAAUGUUGUUAAUGUUUACCAUGUAGAGCAUGUCGGCAACAAUAAACGGCUAAGACGGUGGAGGCCUGUUAGUA